UUCAACUUUGAGCCUUAUAUUACUCAAACCCUUGGCAUUCUCUUGGUCAAGCCUCCAAUCAAACCCAUAUGCACUCACUUUAUUCGUGGAGCAUGCAGACAAGGCUCAUCAUGUCCUUUUCAGCAUCCACAAAAAAUGCGAGCUGUAGUCUGCAAACACUGGCUGCGAGGUCUUUGCAAAAAAGGAGAAGUGUGUGAAUUCCUUCAUGAAUACAACAUGAAGCGUAUGCCCGAGUGCUGGUUCUUUGCCAAGUUGGGAGAGUGCACCAAUCCUGAAUGCCAAUACUUGCAUAUUGAUCCAGAUAGUAAGAUCCGUGAGUGUCCGUGGUAUGCUCGUGGGUUUUGUAAGCAUGGAGCAGAAUGUCGACAUAAACACACAAGAAAGGCCGCCUGCCAGAAUUACUUGACUGGUUUUUGUCCUAAUGGAGAGUCGUGCCAGUUU